UGUGUGUGUGUGUGUGUGGGUUAGCUGUAGUGGAGUGGGCUGCUCUACCUCAUAUCAUACAGGGACUGGAUAGAAUAGAGCAGAAUGUUCUGUGAGUCUAUAUAAAGCACACAGAACCAGGGUGAAAGCAGGGACGGGUACCGUAUGACUGCUGGACAAAAAGUCAGACGAGCAACGUUGAGUUCUGUAACCCGUGCGUUUUUCGAUUUUUCAGUAACGACGCAUUUGAUUGGCCCGUCUCGAGUCCGUGUAUCCAAUCCAACUCCAUUUUGCUGUUACUAGGAAGUAGAAGACGCGCUGGAGCCGAACGCUACUAUCUACCCCUUCAACUCAUUACUGCGUGAUAAUUAACCGGUUAAUGGACAGAAAAUAAACAUUUUACGGAAUAAAAUGUGCGUGUCGAACAUCAUAACAUACGUUUUAUACUAGCAUGCAGCUAUCGGCCUCAGCAUAGCAGAGCUAGCGUUAGCAGUGACGGCUAAUUUACCCUCACAACGGUGCUAAUGUGGGUAAUGCUAUAUAAGCUAGGGGAGCCGGUUUAACCACAUUACUGCUUAAUAAUGUCUGAAACGUCGGUCGUAAAAUCCGAUAUAGCCCGUUUCACCGGUUAACGGUUCUGUCGGUUGAAACGGUGCUUAACAAAAAUGUCAAGCACCGUGUUGGAAGUGGGUACGGGCGUUUUCGUCAUUGCGGUGGUUUGGAUUGUGGCUCUGGUGUCUGGGAUGAUGCUGCUGAGAGCAUCUGGAUCAGCAAAGCUAGGAGUUAUCCCUGUUUUCCUUCUGGCUCUCACCAUCACUUUGGCGCUGGUGUUUUUCCCUCGCAGCCCGGAGACGACUCCCCCUUUCAAAGAGAUAGAGAUAGUGGACACUUUGUUCAUCGGCCGCUACGUGCUGCUGGCGGUGGCGAGUGCAGUCUUUCUGGUGGUGUUCUUCAUGCUGCUCCCCUUUCAUUUCCUGGAGCCAGUCUAUGCCAAGAACUUAAGAACACACUAGAGCUGCCAGGGUCAGAGCUGGCACCGGGAUCACAUCGCUGAUGUACACAACUUAAGACAAGCAGGGCUUGACAAGAGCCCCCCCCCCCCACCUCCCCCUUCAUGUGGGCUACAGAAUGCAUCCCAAACGGAAACAGCAGGAGAGCCAGUGUUUGCUUCAUGGCCAACUGUUUGCAGGUUAUUGACUGUUUACAACCAACGGAAAUGAGACAUCCAACAGUACCCCAGUUGUUUAUUUAUAUUUUGUAUCAUUUAAUACACAAGAAGAAUAAAUAGUUUCUUAUUUCAUA